UUGGGCCGGCCUUCGUGGACACGCAUUUCCGGCGACGCCUCGGCACUGACCUCUGCAGAGCCGGGUGGAGCCCAUUGACGUCCAGCGAAGCGAAGAGCAGCGAUGGACGGUCGGGUGCAGCUGAUAAAGGCCCUCCUGGCCUUGCCGAUCCGGCCUGCGACGCGUCGCUGGAGGAAUCCGAUUCCCUUUCCCGAGACGUUUGACGGCGAUACCGACCGGCUCCCGGAGUUCAUCGUGCAGACGGGCUCCUACAUGUUCGUGGACGAGAACACGUUCUCCAGCGAUGCCCUGAAGGUGACGUUCCUCAUCACCCGCCUCACGGGGCCCGCUCUGCAGUGGGUGAUCCCCUACAUCAAGAAGGAGAGCCCCCUCCUCAAUGAUUACCGGGGCUUCCUGGCCGAGAUGAAGCGGGUCUUUGGAUGGGAGGAGGACGAGGACUUCUAGGCCUGGAGACCCUCGGGCCUGGGGGCGGGUGCUCUGGAGAGGGUCCGCUGUGCCAAUGGCCGCCGCCAGGGUCGCCACCGGUGCCCUCCCUCCUCGCCUCCCUCCCUCUCGAGCCGCCGCGAUGUCCCCUGCGCUCCUGUCCCCUCCCGCGUAGUGCUUGCCUUUGUUCCAGGAAUAGCGCUCCAGGCUCCUGCCGCCGCCCCUGGGCCUCACUUUGGAGCGAGCUGCCGCCGCCCUCUUCUUCCAUCCGGCCAGCCCCACCCAUGCAUAUUUGGACGCUGUCCUGCUCUCCAGCUGCAAGCUGGGCUCCUGUUACACACUGGAUUAGACCACCCACAGCCGCCGCUGCCAACCCUCCUCCACCCCACGAGACUGCCAGACGACUACAUCAUUCUGCCCACAGACCUGCGCUGCCACUGCCAUCGCCAUCCACCGCAUCCCAGUGAUCUGGACUCACCUCGGAGGUAUCUGAGCUGGCCACAGCCCCUGGACAGUGAUCCAGACCGCUGGCUGCACCCCAAGGGAUCUGUCACCUUCAGCGAGACCUAUUUCCUCCCCACUCCCAAAGACCUCUUGUGUUCCUGCCUAGGCCCAGGUGUGCCUGGCAGCCAAAUCGAGUCUCUAAUUUUCUCUUGUGGACCAGUUAGUUUUGACCAUAACCCAGUUUUCUGAGUUUGCAGCUGUCUCUCUGAUGUGUGCCUUUUGUUCAACACAGUAACCCCUGCAUUCUGCUCUGCUCUAAUACACUACCUGGAGAAAGUCUUUUCCUUAUUUUCAAUAAAUGUCAGACAUUAUUGAAAAGAAA